AUGGGGGACUUAAAAAAAGGUGGGAAAAAUGCGAGGGGUAGUGAUGACAACGACAAGAGAAGCAGAAAGAGAAGCAGAAACAGAAGCAGAAGCGGUAACUGCUACGGUAGUAGCAACAGCAGCUGCAGCAGCGAUUUCAUGUACGAACCGACGAGCGUACGGAGGAAGCGAUUUGUGGACGACCUGGUAAGCAAUUUUAUAAGCGGAAAGAGGAAAAGAAGUGGAAGUCAAAAUUUAAAGGAUGAAAGACCAAAUGGUGAAGCGCCAAAUGGUAAAGGGCCAGAUGACGAAUGGCCAAAUGGUGAAGGACUAAAUGAAGAAGAGAAGAAUCGGGAUAAUAAGAAAAAGAAAAACAGCUCUAAGGAUGAUAAGACAAAUGAUAAUGAGAUUAAAGUAAACAUGCAAAAAAGCUUACUGGAAACAUUCCAUAAAAUAAGGAUGGAAACACAGAAGAAUGAAGUUGAUGAAACGGAGGAGAUUCGUAAAAAAGAAGAGAAGAUCUUAGCGCAAGUGUCCAAAGCUUUGAAUGCACCUUUACAAUCAGUAAAAGAAAGAGCAAAAGGAAUUGUGUAUAAAGAGAACUUUAAAACUAUAUGGACUUUACCAAAGAAAUAUAAAAUGUUGAGUAAAAGAUAUGUAGACAAAAUAAGAAAUGUUUUUUAUAUUGAUGUAAAUGGAAAUGACAUUCCACCACCUAUUAAAAAUUUUAAGGAUAUGAAAUUUCCUAAGGCCAUUUUAAAAGCUUUGAAAAAAAAAAAAAUAAAUAAACCUACACAGAUUCAAAUGCAAGGAUUACCUGCCAUAUUAAUUGGACGAGAUAUUAUUGGUAUUGCUUUUACAGGAAGUGGUAAAACAAUAGUAUUUGCACUUCCUUUAAUUAUGAUAUGUUUAGAAGCAGAACUGAGGUGUAAAAUUGAAGAAGGAGAAGGACCACUUGGUCUUAUUGUAUGUCCAUCAAGAGAGUUAGCAACACAGACACAUAAUGUAAUACAAUAUUAUUGUAAUUUUUUAUAUAAAGAUAAUUACCCAAUCUUAAAAUGUUUAUGUAUGAUUGGAGGUGUUAGUACCUAUAAUCAAGGAAGGGAAAUACAAAAAGGAGUACAUAUGGUUGUAGCUACUCCUGGUAGACUUAAUGAUAUGUUAAAUAAAAAAAGAAUGACAUUAGAACAAUGUCGAUAUCUAUGUUUUGAUGAAGCAGAUAGAUUAAUCGAUUUAGGUUUUGAAGAAGAAGUUAGAAAUACGCUAGAUCACUUUUCAAGUCAAAGACAAACAUUGUUAUUUAGUGCCACUAUGCCUAAAAAAAUUCAAGAAUUUGCUAAGUCGACUUUGGUUAAUCCUAUUAUUAUAAAUGUUGGUAGAGCAGGUGCAGCUAAUCUAGAUGUCAUACAAGAAGUAGAAUACGUCAAAGAGGAAAUUAAAUUAUCGUAUCUUUUGGAGGUAUUACAAAAAACAGGUCCUCCUGUCUUAAUAUUUUGUGAAAAUAAAAAAGAUGUAGAUGAUGUACAUGAGUAUCUACUACUUAAAGGAGUAAAUGCUAUUGCUAUACAUGGUAAUUUAGGUCAAAAUGAAAGACAACAAGCCAUCAACUUAUUUAGAGAAGGAAAAAAAGAUAUUCUAGUUGGUACAGAUGUUGCAUCGAAAGGAUUAGAUUUUCCAUCAAUUGAACAUGUAAUUAAUUAUGAUAUGCCAAAAGAUAUAGAAAAUUAUGUACAUAGAAUUGGUAGGACUGGUAGAUGUGGUAAAACUGGUAUAGCUACAACUUUCAUUAAUAAAAACCAAGAAGAAGCUAUACUGCUCGACUUGAAGGCUUUGUUAAUAGAAGCCAAGCAGAAAAUACCCCCCUUUUUAGAAAUGCUAGACAGUAAAGGAAUCAACUUAAAAGAAAUUGGGGGAGUUAAAGGAUGUUCCUACUGUGGGGGGCUGGGACACAGAAUUACCCAGUGCUCUAAGUUGGAAUCACAGCGUAAUAAGCAGACUUUGUCUAUGCACAAGGAUAUACUAUCUAGUGGUAAUAAGUACAGUAGUGUGAAUGCCUACACGGGCGACUGGUAA